AUUUGUUUAAUCGGGAAGGAAUUAUUUGUGAACACAGCAAUUAUGGAGACGUCUUCUCCACCGAGGCGCGGCAAAAAGAAGCGAAAAACGCACACGACACGCGCAUAUCGCAAAUGUGAGCAGGAGGUAGAAUCUUUGUUGAGGGAAACCAAGUACGAAGAUGGCAGCGGGCAAGAGCUCGAACUGGAGGCACGGAGCCUACGGUUCUUUCACGGCGCAGACGAUACGACUGUUGAAGAGCAGGAGACAUCUGUCACUGAAACAACACAAGAUGAUGAGGAGGAGGCUGAGGGUGACGACGAGCCGGCCACAGAAUCAAAUGAUUCGCCGGGCCAAACGUACAUAGAAAUUGAAUUGCAAGAUCCGCCGCUGGUCUGGCCAGGGCUACACAAGCAGGUGCACUACUAUGACGACAGCUUGCUGUACACGCCCGCCAAUGCUGUGCACUUUCAACUCCAUUUGGGUGACUGUCACCCGAGGCCCGCCCAAAUACGAAUGCUGAACCGUUUCCAGGAGCAGUCCAAGGGCGAUGCCAGCAAGCUCAACUCCGACCUAGUGGAGGAGCUGUGUGAAGACAGUGCCUCCCAAUUUUUGAUGGAUAAACGCGUGUACCGCACCAUCAGCGAUAGGGAGUUUCCAGGAAUUUUCCUAGCGCCAGCAGCGAUUGGCCAGUUCGAGGGCAUACCCACGCGUCGCUGCCUCACGCUGACGUUCAAGCAACUCCGCUUCAGUGCGCAUCCGCUGCUGCUGCCCGAGCACAAGUUGGCCCAACAGCUGGACGAUCUCUUUAAUCAGUAUACCGAAAAUCGUAGCCGACAGAUCUGCCAGAAGUUGAAAGAAGAGCUCGACCUUGCCCGCCAAGUGGCGGCCAAGCUACUCACCGCCGCCCGACCCGAGCUGACCGCCGAGAUACGUCAUCAGCUGCGCCUCACGCAAAAGCUGCGUCAACGCUACUACGCAGAAGCCACUGACGAGCGCAAACUAUCCUUACGACUGCUCCGCGACUGGGCAAAACUGAAGGCGCUGCGGGGAGAACAGAAUUUCCAGUGCACUCGCUUUCAGCUUAAGCUGCGCGUUUGUCACCUGGAGUCGUCGCACUCUGAAUGGAAUCAACAGUUCGAGGAUGAUCUGGCCGAGGUCUAUCGCGAGCAGCUGGAACUCUUCUACUGCCGUCGACGUCAGUGGGGCGAAGCGAUGGUCGAGGGCCAGUCCCUAGCGAAGCCGCCACGCAAGCCGAGCUUCGAGAAGCUAAUGGCCAGCCUCAAGAAGGACUACGAGCGCGCCUUCAGGCAUCCCGAGGAGCCUUAUGUCGAUAUUGUGCGUCUUUAUGCGGACGAGACAACUACCAAGCUCUUUUUGCCAGCCAGCGAGCAGCUGGCCAAGCGACGCAACCGCAGCUACUUCCUGAGGCUCUACCUGGACGAUCUUUACGUUGGCCAGACCAGAAGCUAUCGCCUGGAGGAGGACCUCCAUCUGUACAUGAACGAGAGCUUUGGUGUGCUCUUGGAGCGCAAGCUGCCGCAAAAUAUUAACAUUUGGCUCUACGAGAAGUCCACGCUCACCCAGCAGGGUCGCCGCUUAGCCGUGCUGAGAUCAAAGUUGGAUCUCAGCCGCAAGGAGAAAGCGGUGCCCCUAAAGCUUAGCUUCCAGGCCUUCCCUUCCUCACCGCAGAUGGCCGGGGAUGUCUGCUUGUACUACGACUAUGCCCCCAUGGAGGUGCGUCAGGGUGUCAACGAUUUGGAUGACAUCCAGGCACUGCCCAAUGCUCUGCUUCGGACUCUGAUACCCCCAAGACUUCCUGCAGCAACUGCUGUCGCUGCCGACACGGAGCCGGCCACACCCAUAGGACCCUGCCACAGGCGCAAGAAGGACAAGGCGCCAGUUCUGAUGUUUACAGAGCAGCAGCUGCAGUUCUGUCCCAUCAGCACGCUGCUCAGCAACAAGCGUUUCCAGCUGCUCCGCUCGCGCCACCUGCAGCGGAACCUGCACACCAAGCAGCUCCGUUUUGUUCCUGCCUUGGAGCAGGAGAUGUCCGACGAGGGGGAGGCACUUUCCAACACUGGCGACUCGAGCCAGCUGCUGGAGCCCGGCACCUUCUGGAAUCCCAUCGAUCUGCACAAGCAUCGCGGCUACAAGUUCCUGAAGCUGCUCUACGAGGUCAUCGGAAACCAGAGCGCCCGUCGAGCCAAGGCCCAGCAGUCAGCCCAUCCCCUGCUGUUUCUGGCUGAGGGCUUUGAUCUCUCACUGGGCACCGGCUGGACCUCGCUCUGGCGUGCUUUCUGCUCGCUCUUCCAGGGAGGGUCAAACACGAUGAUACGCGAGCCAGCCGCCUGGCAGCCGCAGGCCGAGCACGACCAGUUCCAGCAGUAUGUGGUGUCCCUUCAUGUGGUGAGGGCCACUGGCGUUCCGGUGCGCAGCCGCCACCUCAUUAACCUCGAGGAACUGCCCAACACCGGUCCAGACAGUCUCUUUGUGACGCAGACUCUCAUGUACUCCAAUGUGCGUCCGUUUGUAUCGUUGAGCUAUGGGCAACGGCUGAGCCGCAGUCGCACCGCAGAGGGCAGCAAUCCCACCUGGAACGAGGAGCUGCAGCUGCAGCUCAGCGGCCACCACAGGGACAUGCGCGAAGACCUAAAGAUCAGCCUAUUCGAUGAGCUCAUCGAGCAGCAGGCCAGCGACGAGGCAUCCGAUGUGUACCAGCGCGUGCAAUGCAAUUGGCUGGGCGAGCACCGGGUGCCGAUUUGCAGUCUUUUGGCCAGCGGCAAGUUUGAGGGAUGCAUUGAGCUGGCCAUGCCGAAGGUGCUGAUCGGCUACAGGCGACCGCUGAUUGACUCCGUGACGAACCUGCCCUCCGAUCAGUAUCCCGAGUUCAAGGAGUCGGUGCAUCUCUGGUUCUACCUCAGCAUCGAGCCGAACCGCUGUGACCUGCCGCCACUGCCAACGAACGCGCUGGCCUGUGCCGAGACGGUGGAGCUGCAGGCGUACCUGAACGAGCGCCGCAUGGAGCUGCAGCAGCUGCUGCCACAGCCGCAGCGCUUUGUGGAGCCUCUGGUCUGCACAGCCCUGGGCAAGCGGGUGUGUGUGACGCGGCUGCUGGAGCAGGUGCCGCUGCCAGGAGCGGUGGCCACCAGCAAGAGUGCCCUGGAGACUGCCUGCCGUUUUGUGGCACUAUUAUGCCAGCUGCGCAGCUACGAUCCCUGCCUGGGCUUCCGCGGCGUCUGGCUGGACAACCAGACGCUGCUGGACAGCACUUGGUGUUCGGUGAAGGACCAGGGCGUGUUGCUCUGCAACUUUAUGCUGGGUCUGGGCCUCGAGUGCUGGCUCGUGCUCGGCCAGGCCUGUCCCCAUGGGGAGUGCUCCUUUGUGCUCUAUCGCCAGCCCGAAACGGCGAAGCUCCUGUUCGUGGCUCCUGCCAGCGGCAGGCACUAUCAGCUGCAGGAUGUCCACUGCCCGCUGAGGCGCGUCUAUUGCCUCGUGGACAAGCAGAACAUGUACUUCAACAUUCAGUCGGAGACGCGCGUCAGCAUGACUCACUUCAAUCUGCAGGAUGCCGCCUGCUGGUUUCCACUCUUCAACAGGCAACAAUCCGCUCCUCAGGGUGGUGUCCAGGUGCUGGACUAUGCCUACAAGCGCAGCUACGAGCUCAGCCAGCUGCAGAAGAACAUUGAGCGCAAGAUCAUGAAGAAGAUCAGUGGCUGGCGCACCACACGCAAGACCAAUUGGAAUCGCGCUUUUCAACCGCAACUACAGAAGAUACUCGGCGAUAUGGAGGCACAGGCCACCUACUCCAGAGGCCGCUACGAAGAGAUUCCCUACAACGAGCAGCUGGAGCGCGACAAUCCCAAUUACAAGCUGUACGGCUUCACCCUCAACUUUUCGUACACCAAUCUGGCGGCCGUUUCGGAUCGCAUUCGCAGCACCUGCAUCCACUACAACAACAAUCCGCUGGUGGAGUUUUGCGUUGCGGUGCAGCUCAAGGCAUACGCAAACGAUGUGAUAUCUGUAUGGGUAUUCCUGCUAUCCGCAGUGCCUCUAGCGUGAAUCACAAUGAUCCCCCGCCAUGAGGGGGGUGGGUUUCCCGGGGGGAUCGGAUCCCACGCGGUACCAUACGAAAUGAUUUUUAUCAGCGCUUUCAAGU